AUGGCCUUCACCAUGCUACGUCCCGUGGCCGCCCGCGUCCUCUACCCUGACCUCAGCAUCCUCUCGGAGGACGAGGAGAACCGGAGCGAGAGCGAGACGUCGGACCAGUCGUUCGGCUGCUGCGAGGGGGCCGAGACUCGCCGCAAGCUGCCGCGCAAACCGGGGCCCAUGGUGAUGGUGAAGCAGCGGCAGGCGGCCAACGCUCGGGAGCGGGACCGGACCCAGAGCGUCAACACAGCCUUCACCGCCCUGCGCACCCUCAUCCCCACCGAGCCCGUGGACCGCAAGCUGUCCAAGAUCGAGACCCUCCGCCUGGCCUCCAGCUACAUCUCCCACUUGGCCAACGUGCUGCUGCUGGGCGAGGGCUGCGAGGACGGGCAGCCCUGCUUCAGUGCCAUCUACGGAGCCAAGGGGGAACUGGACAGCAAACAGCCCCGCAGCAUCUGCACCUUCUGCCUCAGCAACCAGCGGAAAGGGGGCGGCCGGAGGGACCUCGGGGGCAACUGCCUGAAGGUUCGGGGAGUGACCCCGCUGCGAGUGUCACGGAGAUGAGCCGGGGUCCAGCAGCACCCACCUGAG